AUGCAAACUGACUGGUGUGUGGCCAACUUUCCCUCAGUGAUCACCAAGGAUGAAUGGCCUCCAAACUCACCGGAUCUCAAUGUGAUGGACUUUUCCAUUUGGGCAAUCUUAGAGGCUAAUGUCUGCUCUUUGACCUUGAAGAAGUCUUUGACCUGGAAGAAAGGAUGGAAGGCGACUCCUCAAGAUGACAUUCGGGCCGCAGUGGAGGCAUAUCCGAACCGAUUAAGGGCUGUUAUCAAGGCAAAAGGCGGUCAUAUCGAA